CUCCCACGCUCCAUUGACUUGUCGCAACGUCUCUUUGGGAGGUAUUGAGCUUCGAAUAUUUGCAAUCAUGCCUACUAUAUCUUGCGAUAAAGUCGAGCUUUAUAAAGCUCUUGGGAAAGACUUCACGACGGAGGAGUUCGAUGAGCUAUGUUUCGAAUUCGGAAUUGAGCUCGAUGAAGACACCACCGACCAGAAGCGACCGAUCGUCGAUGGCGUGGAAGAGCCGCCUCAGCUGAAAAUCGAGAUCCCCGCGAACAGAUAUGACAUGGUCUGCUUCGAAGGAAUCGCCAGGGCCCUCAACGUCUUCCUCCAGCGGAUGAAGCCGCCGAGUUUCCGAGUCAUCGCACCCCCGGAAGGAGAGUUGCAGACCAUGGUUGUCAAAGAGGAUACCACGAGAAUACGACCGCUCAUCUCAUGCGCCAUUCUCCGGGGAAUAACCUUCACUAAAGACCGCUAUGCGUCUUUCAUUGCUCUACAAGAUAAACUGCAUGCCAAUUUGGCCAGGCAGAGGACACUUGUAUCGGUCGGUACUCAUGACCUUGACACGAUCAAAGGACCGUUCACGUACGAGGCACUUCCACCAGAGGAGAUCAACUUUGUUCCCCUGAAUCAGACGAAUAAGAUGAACGGCAAGGAACUGAUGGAGUACUACGACAAAGAUAAGCACCUGGGAAAGUUCCUCCACAUCAUCCGGGAUUCCCCCGUCUACCCUGUCAUCUACGACGCCAACCGCACCGUGCUCUCCCUCCCCCCCAUCAUCAACGGCGACCACUCCAAGAUCACCCUCAACACCCGCAACAUCCUUAUCGAGAUCACUGCCACCGACCAAACCAAAGUCGAGAUCGUCAACCACAUCCUCUGCGCCAUGUUCAGCGAAUACUGCGACACCCCCUUCACCGUCGAGCCCGUCCAGAUCAUCUCCCCCCACAACCACGCCUCCCGCCAAUCCCCGGACCUCACCCCCCGCGAAAUCCAAGCCUCUGUCGCCUACAUCAACUCCUGCUGCGGCCUCGACCUUCCCGCGACCGAGAUCUGCCACCUCCUCACCCGCAUGGGCCACCACGCCGUCCCCUCCCCCACCGACCCGGACCUCGUCGACAUCGCCGUCCCCAUCACCCGAGCCGACGUCCUCCACCAAGCCGACAUCAUGGAAGACGUCGCCGUCGCCUACGGCUUCAACCGCCUCCCCCGCUACUACCCCAACUCCUCCGCCGCCGUCGGCGCCGCCCUCCCGAUGAACAAGCUCGGCGACGUCGUGCGUAUCGAGUCCGCCACCGCCGGCUGGACGGAGGUUAUGCCGCUGAUCCUGUGCAGCCACGACGAGAACUUCGCGUGGCUGAACCGCGUCGACGAUGGGACCACCGCGGUGCGCCUGGCGAACCCGAAGAGCGCGGAGUAUCAGAUCGUGCGCACGAGCCUGCUGCCGGGCGUGCUGAAGACGAUCCGCGAGAAUAAGCAUCGCGCGGUGCCGUUGAAGGUGUUCGAGGUGAGCGACGUGUGUUUUAAGGACGAGACGCGUGAGCGGAAGACGCGGAAUGAGCGGCAUUUCUGCGCGGCGUGGUAUGGGAAGAGCAGUGGGUUCGAGGUGGUGCAUGGGUUGUUGGAUCGGGUGCUGGCGAUGUUGAAUGUUCGGUUCCUGAUGGAGGCAAAGGAGCUGGAUGAUGCGACAGUCGAUGGGUAUUGGAUCGAGGAGUUCGAUCAUCCCACCUUCUUCGUCGGUCAUGCUGCGUCGGUGGUCGUGAGACAGGACGGUCAGAAACAGGUCGUCGGCCACUUCGGCAUCUUGCAUCCGACGGUUCUCAAAAACUUCGAGCUUCCGUACCCGGUCAGUGCGCUUGAGAUCAACCUGGAGGUGUUCUUAUAGAUGUGUGUUAUGUAUCGCGGACUGUACUAAGCCGCCACUGAUGCGCUACCCGGACUUGUAUCCCAAGGCAUUGCCAAAGCUGGCUAUGCGUAGGACAGGAGUAGAUCAAAAGGACGAUGUAAACGACCAAAAAGCUUUUAGAGCUACAUAUUAAAUGCUACAAACAAUGGAUCCUAUCGAUCCCAUCCUCGUUUAUUUAUACACAAUCACUCCACCCUCGUCGCCAACGUCCCCGUCGGCCUCUCCACCAACUCCAUGCACCCCUCCACCACUGCCUUCCUCACCCCCUCACUACUCACCUUCUUCCCCCCAAGAUACCCCAACCACAACAACCUUGCCACCCGCUCA